GCAAAAGAUUGUCAAAGUUCUAUCAUAUUUUCUCUUUUUACUGGACGAACACAUGUUAUUUUCUUGGAAUAAAGCAAGGUCUAUAGUAAAGCGUUUGUAAGGAAGAGAAAUCUUAUUCAACUCCGGCCCAUCCCAUUUUUCUAAAGCAUCCGACGAGAGUAAUACGAAUUAUUUGCUCCUUUGAACGUUGACGAAAGUCAGUUACCCUGGUUCUGCUGAAGCGGAAUUAAACUGUGUAAAAAUGAGUUUUCAGUGGGGUUUAAUUGCAACAUUUCUCUAUGUUGAAAUAGCAGUUGUUUUCCUUCUUCUUUUGCCAUUCAUCUCUGCCCAGAGAUGGAAUAAACUUUUCAAAUCAAGUUUCCUCCGAGGUUUAGGUCAGCAAGUCCAUAUCUACUUCUAUGUCAUCCUUGCAUUCCUGGUUCUCUGUUUAUUUGAUGCCAUUCGUGAAAUGAGAAAGUAUGAUGUUGGUCAUGAUGGGAAAGCUAAGGAACAACAGCAUCAGCAUUUGGAGCAAGAACUUCGUAACUCAAUGGUACUCUUUAGAGCCCAAAGAAAUUUUUACAUAACAGGAUUCUCCCUCUUCUUGAUCUUUGUUAUUCGCCGUUUGAUGACGCUUCUUGCGGCUCAAGCAACUUUGGCAGCCUCCAGCGAGGCCGCUAUUCGUCAAGCUGCAUCUGCCUCAAAGGCAGCUGAAGAUUUGCUUGCACAGAAGGAAAGCACUGCCUCUGACGAGAAUACCAAAGAGGUUGAAGAAAACUUUUCGAAACUGAAGGAAGAACUGGAUGAGGCUAGAAAGGAACGGACCCAAGCCGUGAAAGAUCUUGAAGCCUUUAAGUCGCAAAGUGAAGGUGUUGCUCGAGAAUACGAUCGUCUUGCCGAUGAACACAGUAAACUGCUAAAGAAAUUGGCCAUCUUGGAAGGAGAAUGUGCGGGUGACAAGAAAGAUGAUUAAAUUGUUGGCGUUUGUGUCGGAUAAAAAUGAAAUAUUCUCUCAUGGAGGUUUUCUUCAAAGAAUUUAAUGUGUUAUAACCGUUACAGCUGAAAACGGGGAAGCUUUGAUUGUUUCGAAUUAUUGUAAUUGCGAAAGAGAAACAAAAUUGUGGGUGGGGAUAUUCAUCUUUAUUUAUCUCCCUACUUUGAUGUAUCAGCAAAGAUGUAAGAAACAAAAUAAUUACACAUUCGAAAUGGUCCUUAAAA